CGGCUCUCUUUGCACGCCCAAAAGAUGCGUUUCAACUCUCAGCUUAGGCGACUCUGACCAUUCUCGUCCUCAAACAAAUCCAGCGUCACCAUGCUCGGGCUCUACGACACGCACCUUGUCCUGCCCCUGGCAGCCUCACUGCCCUCACCUAGGUGGUUAGGCUGUGCCUAAACACCAUUUUUCUGGAAUGGGAUGUUCCUGCUCCAAGGACAAGGGGCCAAAAUGGCGAAACCUCCGCGGCCAGGGGUCCCGCAGGCAGCCGCAGGGGCUGCGGAGCCGGCCCGCGACAGGCGGCGGAGCGAACACCCCCGCGAGGCCCCGCGGCGAUGACGUCAUGGCUCCCGCCCACGCCGGCCACACGCACGCGCACUGCGCCCAGCAUGAGAGUCGCAGCUCUGAUCAGUGGUGGGAAGGACAGCUGUUAUAAUAUGAUGCAGUGCAUUGCUGCUGGGCAUCAGAUCGUUGCUUUAGCAAAUCUAAGACCCGCUGAAAACCAAGUGGGAUCAGAUGAACUGGAUAGCUACAUGUAUCAGACAGUAGGUCACCAUGCCAUUGAUUUGUAUGCAGAAGCGAUGGCUCUUCCCCUCUAUCGCCGCACCAUACGAGGAAGGAGUGUGGACACAGGACGAGUGUACACCGAAUGUGAAGGUGAUGAGGUUGAAGACCUCUAUGAGCUUUUGAAGCUUGUUAAGGAAAAAGAAGAAGUAGAAGGAAUAUCUGUAGGUGCUAUACUUUCUGACUAUCAGCGCGUUCGAGUAGAAAAUGUGUGUAAAAGACUUAAUCUUCAGCCUUUAGCUUACCUUUGGCAGAGAAACCAAGAAGAUUUGCUCCAAGAGAUGAUAUCAUCUAACAUUCAAGCAAUCAUCAUAAAAGUGGCAGCUUUGGGUUUAGAUCCUGAUAAGCAUCUUGGAAAAACCCUGGAUCAAAUGCAGCCUUAUCUCUUAGAGCUUUCUGAGAAAUAUGGAGUCCAUGUUUGUGGAGAAGGUGGAGAGUACGAGACGUUCACUUUGGAUUGCCCUCUAUUUAAGAAGAAAAUAAUUGUAGAUUCAUCAGAAGUAGUGGUACAUUCAGCUGAUGCUUUUGCCCCUGUGGCAUACCUACGCUUUUUAGAAUUGCACUUGGAGGAAAAGGUGUCCCCAGCACCUGAUCACAACAGAACAUCUAAUUAUAUACAUAAUUCUUAGAAAGCAUUUUUGAAAUAUAUGUCUUUAUCAGAAAAGUUAAUAGAACCAUUGAUUAAUUGGGGAAAUGUGAAUGUCUUGUUCUUUAACAUUGUCAGUUUAUUCAUGAUUCAUUCUUUCUCUGAGUUUUGUUAACACAUACUAUCCAUGACACCUGUGAUAUGUGCCUUUUCUUUUCCUUUGGCCCCAUCUACAACCCUCAUUUCUGUAACAUUUCUUUGCUUUCAUUACAGUCCUUUUCCCUUUCCUGCUCCUAUUUCUGCUACUAGCGUCAUGGUGCAGAGGCAUUUGAAAAUGAGGAGAAAAAAGCACUGAUUUAGCCAAUCAGGUUUAUUCUACUGGGUGUCAUCAAAGUGCUGUAUCAUUUCUGUUUUCAAUGUAGUCAAACUACAGGGUAUUUUCACUGCCCCCAAACUUUCCGUGCUCUACCAGGUCAUUGCUUACCCCGCCCCGCCCCCAAGGCCUUGCAACCACUGAUCCUUUGAAUGUCUCCAUAGUUUUGCCUUUUCCAUAAUAUCACAUAGUUGGGAUCAUACAGUGUAUUGCCAUUUUAGAUUGGCUUCUUUCACUUAGUAGUAUGCAUUUCAGUUUUUUUCCAUAUCUUUUCCUGAGUUUUUAGGUGCUGAGUAAUAUUCCAUUGUCUGGAUAUACCAGUUUAUUCAUCCAUUC